CAGUUGACUUCACCACCAACCGAGCGACUACCAAGUAAAUCGCGUGCGUGCGUUCCAUAGACGUGUGAAAGAGUUCGCAAAUAAAUCACUUGAAUCCUCCGUAAACGUACACACUCAGACAAAUCCAAUCAUGAAAUAUCUGAUCGUACUUAGUUUGAUCGCAGCCGCCACCGCUGCCCCUGGAUAUCUGGGUUUGGGCCAUGGAUCGUAUGCGGCGCCAGCGCUCAGCUUAGGUCAUGGUCCAGCUUUAAGUUACGCGGCUGCCGCUCCUUCCAUAAGUUACGCCGCAGCUCCAGCUGUUAGUUACGCUGCCGCUCCAGCCGUUAGUUACUCAGCGCCAUCCAUCAGUAUUGCUUCUGCGCCCGUUGUCAAGGCUUACGCCGCGCCUGCCGUAGUCGCCGCUCCAGCCGUGGUGAAAGCAGCUCCAGCCGCCACCAGCUACUCCACCUUCAGUCAGGUCAUUCAACAUGCUGCACCAGCCGUCGUUAAGGUUGCCGCCGCCGCUCCAGUUGCCGUAGCGGCUCCUGCUAUUUCAUACGCUGCACCCGCGCCCGCCAUUUCGUAUGCCGCACCAGCUCCAUCCAUCUCUUAUGCUGCCGCACCAGCAAUCUCAUAUGCCGCACCCGCCAUUAAGGUUGCCGCUCCCGCGAUCUCUUACUCCGCUGCACCGGCCAUCUCGUAUGCCGCACCCUCGGUCUCAUACGCCGCUGCUGCUCCAUCCAUUGUGAAAUAUGCCGCACCAGCAAUCAGCUUGGGUGGCGGUUACGGUUACGGCCAUGUUCACCACCAACCGAGCGACUACCAAGUAAAUCGCGUGCUUGCGUUCAAUAGACGUGUGAAAGAGUUCGCAAAUAAAUCACAUAAAUCCUCUGUAAACGUAUACACUCAGACAUAUCCAAUCAUGAAAUAUCUGAUCGUACUUAGCUUGAUCGCAGCCGCUACCGCUGCCCCUGGAUAUCUAGGUUUGGGCCAUGGAUCGUAUGCGGCGCCAGCGCUCAGCUUAGGUCAUGGUCCAGCUUUGAGCUACGCAGCUGCCGCGCCAUCUAUAAGUUAUACGGCUGCCGCUCCUUCCAUAAGUUACGCCGCUGCUCCAGCUAUUAGUUACACAGCCGCCGCUCCAGCCGUUAGUUACUCAGCGCCAUCCAUCAGUAUUGCCUCCGCGCCCGUUGUUAAGGCUUACGCCGCACCUGCCGUAGUCGCCGCUCCAGCCCUGGUGAAAGCAGCUCCAGCCGCCACCAGCUACUCCACCUUCAGUCAGGUCAUUCAACAAGCUGCACCAGCCGUCGUUAAGGUCGCCGCCGCCGCUCCAGUUGCCGUUUCAGCUCCAGUUGCCGUUUCAGCUCCAGUUGCCGUAUCAGCUCCAGUUGCUGUUUCAGCUCCAGUUGCCGUUUCAGCUCCAGUUGCCGUAGCGGCGCCAGCUGUUUCAUACGCUGCAGCCGCACCAGCCAUCUCGUAUGCCGCCCCAGCUCCAUCCAUUUCUUACUCCGCUGCUCCGGCCAUCUCAUAUGCCGCUGCUGCCCCAUCCAUUUCUUACUCCGCUGCUCCGGCUAUCUCCUACGCCGCUGCUGCUCCAUCCAUUUCUUACUCCGCUGCACCGGCCAUCUCGUAUGCCGCGCCCUCGAUCUCAUACGCCGCAGCUGCUCCAUCCAUUGUGAAAUAUGCCGCACCAGCCAUCAGCUACGGUGCAAGUUACGGUUACGGCCAUGGCUAUGGACAUGGUUAUGGACAUUAAAUCAGCUAUGACCCACGUGCAGCAAAAAUAAAAGGACUUAAAGGCGAGAAAAGAACAAGGAUAUACGGAUUACACGCAUUACACGCAUUACGUUAUGGCGUAAGACUGCCUUUGGGCGGUCAACGCUUUUAAGUAUUUGCUCUAUAUUUUUUUUGGUAGUCACUAAAUGGUUUUAUAGGCUUUCUAUGAUCUAAGGAUCUAAAUAAUAUAUUUCCCUUCUCUCAAUAUGGGAAUUCGCCUUACUUUUCAAUGCAUUUUUGCAUUAUUGCUACGAUGAAUUACAAAUGUGUCGACAAUAAGAACCCACAACAACAAAAACGAU